AUGGAUAUUCAGCCACAGCCUACGUGGCAAUCAUUUUGUGAACAAAACGUCGUCACAUCCGAUGGUUUCUACGAUUUUGUCGAGGAUGAAGGUGAUCGACGAGCUGCAAAUGUACGAGAACGAAAACGAAUGUGUAGUAUCAAUGUGGCUUUCAUUGAACUCCGGAAUUACAUUCCUACAUUCCCAUUCGAAAAACGACUAUCAAAAAUUGACACAUUGAAUUUGGCCAUAGCCUAUAUAAAUAUGUUAGAAGAUGUGUUACGAUCUCCCAUGGAUCCACAUCGUUAUAUACGUCGAUGUGUGGCUAUGUCAAGGAGCAGUCAUCCGAAUGCACCAUCGUGGAGCACAAGUGAUCUCAUCGCUCGACUUAGUUGGAUCAAAUGGCGACGUCUUGGAAUCGAACCGAUCGAAUGA